AUGUUUGGUUGGCCUUUUUCUAACUGUGUGUGUAAGAUGAGCGGCUUUGUGCAAGGAGUGUCUGUUUCUGCUUCAGUCUUCACUCUGGUGGCCAUAGCUGUUGAGAGGUUUCGGUGUGUAGUGUACCCUCUACAGCCCAAGUCCACUGUUCUGGUUGCGAAGGGGGCCAUCGUGUUCAUCUGGACGCUAGCAGUGGUUAUCAUGUGUCCUGCUGCUGUGGCUCUGACUGUGGAUAAAGUUCCUUUCCACUACAUGGUGCACAAUAAUGACUUCAACCAAACGGUCCCCCUGUACUCCUGCUACGAGAACUUUGCCAUCCCUCAGAUGAGAAAGGUUUACACAGCGGUUCUGUUUGCUCUCAUCUACCUGGUGCCACUCACCGUCAUCAUGCUCAUGUACGGGAGUAUCGGAUGCAAGCUGGGGUCUUCUGUGAUUGCAAGAGCUGGCCAGCCAUUGAUCUCCCAGAAAAAGAUCAAGGUGAUAAAGAUGCUCAUCUUGGUGGCUCUGCUCUUCAUGCUGUCCUGGCUGCCGCUGUGGACCCUCAUGAUGAUGACUGACUACGCAGGCUUCGACCGGGACCAGGUGGAACUUCUGACCAGCUACAUCUUUCCCUUCACCCACUGGCUGGCUUUCUCCAACUCCAGCGUCAACCCUAUCAUCUACGGCUACUACAACGAGAACUUUAAGAAGGGUUUCCAGGCUGUUUGCAAGUCUCGACCCUUCUGUUGCCUCAUGCAGUGCCAGCUGUGGAGCAGGGUGGUCAGAUGGGGGAGGAAAGACCAGUCUGUGCAAGCACCUGGUAGAGAGUGUGAUUUCAGAGAUGCCACUAGCAGUCACAAUCGUCUAGUCUUGGGAGUGAGGAAUCGAGUCCAUAACGUCAACCAGCUGACUGAAUCAGCCGAGGUGGAUAAGAGUCUAAAGGUAGGGUCUGUGGUGGUCCACUCAGAUAGAAGUCUUUCAGAUCGAGGGUUAGAAAUGGUGGCAGUACAAAAUAAAGGAAGCAAUAGUGAGGAGUCAGAGGGGGCAAGUCCACAGGCAGCUUCAGUGUAUCAGGCGUGGGACAUCUGA